AGCUGAGCACGUAAACAAAAUUGACGUUGCAAUUUUGUGUGGACUCGACUGUGCAUGUGUGAGAAUGAUCCUGAGAGCAGAAGGAGAUUCAUUAACUGCAUUGUUGCUAUGCUAUGUUGCUGUGCUCUCAACAUGAAAUUCUGGCAAAAUGAUUCUUCACCAUACGUCUUUCACAACAAUAAACGUUAGCUGACACUCUUCGAUCUUGCUCGCCAGAACCUUGGGCUGACGCUAGCUUUCAUUGAAUGAGUGGCCAGGCCAGUAUUUCAUGCGAAUUUUGUUUUAGUCCAGCCAAUCCAGUUGAGUAUAAACAACAGGACAACAUCGACAAACAUCUGAGAUCAUGGAGACCAAUAUCAAGAUUCUACUUGCUGUAUGCAUGCUCAUCGUGUUUAUAGUGACCCUGUUGGGUGCCUUACUGCCCCUCAAAGUAUUUGGCCGACGAACUAACCAAUCCCAGGCUCAGACCGAACGCUCGGACAAGAUACGCAGCCUCUGUAAUUGUUUGGCAGGUGGUGUCUUCUUAACCACUUGCUUUCUCGGCCUCAUCCCGUCAGCAAGGAACAAAUUUGUUGAAGUCUUCGCAGCAAGCAACUACAAGACGGAUUAUCCGGUGUGUGAGGCUGUAGUCAUCGCAGGAUUUUUCCUCAUAUUGGCUUUGGAGCAAGCGAUCACAGCGACGCAGGAUCGCAAAGCUGCGCAGACCGUGGACUACAUGCAAUUACAACAAAUUGAAAGUGACAUAGAUACUCAUCUAAAUGUAGAAGAAGAAGAAGAUGAAGAUGAGGUGAUAUUUGCGUCGCCAUCACAGUCUCGUGUCGAAAGCAAUCCUCUUCCUAACGGAAAAUCAACAAAUGGCAUGGUACAUCAUAGCCACUGGCCCGGUGCUUCGGAAAACAGCCAUUCACAUCAUGGACACAGCCACUAUGGCAAUGUCGGAUCCACCAACGUCUUACAUUCCGUCAUACUUCUCCUUGCCCUGUCUGUACAUUCCGUCUUCGAAGGUAUGGCCCUUGGCCUUCAGGAAGACAUCAAGCAAAUCACCUAUCUCCUUGUUGCAAUGGUUGCGCAUGAAAGUCUUGCAGCAUUUGCUUUAGGAGCGAGCCUUUUGAAGAGUGAGGUGCGGCUCUCAGCGUACAUCGUCUACGGUGUUAUUUUUUCAAGUAUGAUCCCGAUAGGUACCGCGAUUGGGGUUGGAAUUCAAUCCAGUCACAGCUUCAGUGCUGAUGUUUGCUCGGCAGUCAUGCAGUCGGUUGCUGCUGGUAUUUUCAUCUUUGUGACAUUCUUUGAAAUCUUAAAUCACGAAUUUGAAAAUGAAAAAUACAGAUGGCGUAAGCUUCUCUUUACUGCAUUGGGUUAUGUAGCUCUUGCUUUACUCGAAAUUGUUGGAUGAUACAGUGAAGUAUUUGAUUGUCUGAAAGUUUGAUAUCAUGGUAUAGUGAUAUAUUAUCCUCUUUCAAUAACUGGAAAAUGAUAUCAAACAAUGUUCAUAUAGCAAAUUUGGUCAUUCAAUGAAAUAAGUUGGCAAUAACCUUGAAUGAUCGAUAUUGAGGUAAUUCAGAAUUGAAAUUUAUUGAUGUAGAAUCCUAUGGGCAUUGAAUUUUAUUUCAGUAGGUUGCUUGAAUAUGAUUCAAGCAUAGUAUGAAGUUUAAAAAAAAUGCAGACCACAUCUUUAAAGGAUAUAUUAAGCCUUAAAGGCUUGAUUUGAAUUUUGUUAUGGUCUUUAAAAAGAUAUAAAUAGCAAUAUAAAGGGGAAGUUCACCCUGACAAAAAGUUAAUUGUAAAAAUAGCAAAAAAUAUAAUUACAAAUAUUUCCGAAGGUUUGAGAUACAUCCAUCAAAGAAUUAAAAAAUUUUCAGAAUUUUAAUUAUUUGAUAAAUUUCUGACAUCAUAUGCGUGCAGCAUUCCUUCAUAACAAAUGGUAAAAAAUCAAUGAAAUGUCAUUUUCUCAGAAAAUUGAAAUUAGUUUUUACUGUACAUUUGUAUGUCAAUAGACAAUCAUUUCACACCCGAUCAUGAAAAGAAAACCAAAUUAAGUCUUCAGGAACCAUUACAAUUGUGAAAUUCAUGUAUGGGCAGCUGCUUGUUUAUGACAAACUUAAAUUUUGAAUAACUUUCUUAAUCUUUAACGGGUUUUCCUCAAACCUUGCUUCACCAAUAUUUUAUAUUAUUUUUAUCUGAUAUCUUUAUGAAAAACUUUUCUUCAGGGUGAACUUUCCCUUUAAAGGUUGUGCAAUGUACAAUAUCAGUGACCAAAUCUACUGCCAUUCAUGAUUUCUGAUUUUGGAUUGUCAAGUCAAUGAAGAGAUAAGGCCUGGCCCGACUUGAUGAGUUUAAUGAUGCAGUUAUUUUUUCAUUUUUACAACAAUGUCAUUAAGGGCCAAAUCAAUCAAUCAUGAAAAAUACUUUAAGAUGGCAAUUAUAAAUUCCAUAAAGCUCUUCAUAAAACCUCUGAAGUUCAAGAAUCAACAGUAUUAAUUUUUACCAUUCACCAUUUAGCCUUCUUCUUUAUUAUGUUCAGGAACUGCAAUUAAAUCAAUGUGUUGUGUGUUUUAUUUCUAUGUUGUAGAAAGUCUGAUACAGACGCAUGGCUAUAAUUAUAACAGAGUCUGUGUUUUUAUAACCUGUAAUGUUUUGAUUUGCAUUCAUUUGUACCGUAGUGUAUAAUUCCAAUGACUACUUUGAAAACCUUGAUGAUCAUAACAAAUAGUAUUUUUGUACUCUGUAAACUUGUGAUGAAAGCAGAAAAGCAUGAUUAUUUUGGCAGAUUUAGCUUCUACCAAGUAGAAUGAAAUUAAAAUUACAUUUAAAGGACAAGUCCACCCCAACAAAAAGUUGAUUUGGAUAAACAGAGAAAAAUCCAACAAGCAUAACACUGAAAAUGUCAUCAAAAUCGGAUGUAAAAUAAGAAAGUUAUGACAUUUUAAAGUUUUGCUUAAUUUCACAAAACAGUUAUAUGCACAUCCUGGUCAGUAUGCGAAUGAAAAGACUGAUGACAUCAUCCACUCACUAUUUCUUUUGUAUUUUAUUAUAUGAAAUAUAUUUUGUGUCAGUAUUGUAUCAAUCUUGGUUGUUUUAAAGAAAAGUGAUUAUUUUCUUGUAAAAUGUAUUUCUGCUCUGAUGAAAUGAGCUUUCCAAGUGCCAUUAUACAUGUACUAUAUCAAAGGUAUACCUGCCAUUGCUGUAUUUAUAAAUGUAAUAUUAUUUACAAACAAUAAUAUUUUUAUUGAUGGAUCAGAAGUAUUUUCAUUUUAUAAGUGAUUUCUUAGUUAACAUUCAUUGAAGAAUAGGUCUUCUAUUAUUACUGGGGCACUCAGUCCUAUAAAAAAAAAAGAGUUGCAGUUAAAAUCAGAUGUAUUAUAAGAAAGUUAUGACAUUUUAAAGUUUAACUUAUUUUUACAAACCUGUUAAUAUACUUGACAGUUGACACUGAUAUGCAAAUGAGAUUAGAUGAUGUAACACAUUCACUAUUUCUUUUGUAUUUUAUUGUGUGAGCCAGGGGCGGAACCAGGAUUUUUUUGAAAGGGGGGCACAAAAGGGUUCCAACCAAAAUUUAAGGGGAUUUUGACCACAACAAAAUUUGACAAGCAAAAUAAAAAAGGUCUUCAAUCUUGAAAGGGGCACACUUCUCUUUUAACGGCAUUUUUACUACAUGUACAGUGUACAUUAAAAAUGUUAAUUGUGCCUCUCAAAAGGGGGGGGGGGGGGACACGGGCCGGCUGUGCCACCCCCCCCCCCCCCUGGAUCCGCCAGAGCUAUUCAAUAUAUUUCAAUUUUUGCAGAUCUGGCAAUUGAGGACUCUUGAAUAGGUGACAACAAUCGCAGUUCAAUGUUUUCAGGGAGAAAUCAAACUUUGUUUUACAUUUCAAUGAGGAAAAUAUUUCACUGAAGAAAUACAUGUACAGAGUGGGCAACAACAACAUUUCCCUCAAUUGCAUACACACCAAUAUGUGCAUAGCUUUUUUUUCAUCUAAUUUUACAUCUGGUUUUGCUGAAGUUUUUAGUGUCAAAGCUGCCAACCUUAAUUGCGAAAAAAAUCCUACUUUAUUUCCUUUUAUCCUAUUUUCAAGCCUAAAAUCCUAUUUUUCUUUAAAAAUUUUGAAAUACAUACCAAAAAUCAUCAUUUUUACAAGUUUCAAAAAUCCUAUUUCUUGGAAGAAAAUCCAACAUAGUGUUAACUUCCCCUUAAAAGAUCCUACUUAACAGGAUAGAAUUCUAUUUUGGCAGCUCUGCAGUGUUACGGAAUUGAUUUUUCUCUUUUUAUUCAAUUCAACUUUGUUGGGACGGACCUCCCCUUUAAACUGGUUUUAUCAUGAUUUUUUAUUAUUACGGAUGAGACACUACAUAUGAUUUAUGACAAUUCAAAUGAUUUUCUGAAUCAUUAGCAAAUAAGUGUAAAACUUUCUUGAAAUGCAGGAGACUCUGCCAAGUUGGCCUUCCACGAGUCAAACAAUCGCCUAUAAAUAGUAAUCGCAUUUUUGUUUUCAGACCAGGUGGCCAUUUCAUAAAGCUGUUCGUAAGUUAGAGAGUGACUUUAACGACUGGCGAACCUUUCUUACGCACUUAACCUUCGUCAAUGAAUAUACCAUUUACCACAAGAAAGGAUUACCAGUCGUUUUUGAAGUCACUCUUAACUUACGAACAGGUUUCUGAAACAUCCACCAAUGGGUGUGUCACAAAAAGUUAGAUGUGACUUAGAGUUGCAUGUAGCUUCCCAGGUGCAUGCGGUAUAAAACAUGACUUUAAGUCGCAUUCAAUCUUUGUGAAACAUGACUCCUGUGGCACCAACAGAUUCAUUGUAGGUAGAUUUACUUGUGGCUGUUGAUGUAUUUUGUUUUUGUUUUUUUACUCACCCUGGGAGUAUCUGUUAAUGAUCCCACCUGCCAAAAUCUGUGUUCCUAGGUAAACCUCAAGUAUCAGUUCCAUACUUUUGAUUGUCUUAUUUUUAUAUUCCAUCAAUUAACUGAUGUUAACUGAUUGCUGCUAAUAAAAACUGCAACAAAAUAA